AUGGGCAUAAGCAAGCUGACUGCAGAAGUAGAAAACAAUAUUGCUCCUACUGUGCAGAAGAACAUGGGAACCGUGAUUGCACAGCCCAACAACCACAGUGUAUCAACUGUGGUGAGGCCAACUCCCGCUAUGGCACCAAAUACAGCUACUUCCAUCCAGCCUAUGCUCCAGAAUGCCCACAAUACACCCACAAUACCAGCGCAAGAUAUUUUGGCUACUACACAGUUUCUUACAGAUACCCUGCAAAAGAUUAAAAUUCCUCUUAAAAUAAUUACAGGCGAUUAUAAUGCCCACAACACGGUUUGGGGGUAUGCUUCUACGAAUGACAAAGGAAGCCUUCUGGAGGAUUUUCUGUCUGCUAAUCAUCUUGUUUUACAUAACACAGCAGACGCGCCUCCGACAUAUGACAGAAUCUACGCACAAGGCUGGCCUGAUUUGACGGUCAGUUCAGCCUCAGCUGCGCCAUUAAUACAAAAUUGGAGGGUUAAUGAUGAAAUUAGCUUAAGCGACCAUCGUUACAUUACUUUCUCAAUAGAGCAACCGACGACAAUUAAUAUUAUUCGUCGUUACAACCUACCUGGUAGGCGUAAACGUGCUUUUACUACUAGAGUCAAGAAUUUGAUUGAAGGUAUUGAACAACAGCUAACUCAAGCGAACUCUAGAGACGAAUUGGAGAAUUUCACAGUGACUCUACAAAAGUGUAUACAGCAAGCGUGUGAUGACAUAUUGCCACAGCGUAGUACUAAAAAACUGACUACGAUCAAUUGGUGGAGUAGUGAACUUCGUAUUCAGCAGAGGCAAUGUCGCGCAUUACGUCGAAGGUUAAAGACUGAGCGUAGACUAAACCUUCCAGCUAACACCCUCCCAAUUUAUCAACAGGCAAGAGCGAAGUACAAACGUUCAAUUUUGCAGGCUAAAAUCAAUUCAUGGCAUGCUUUUUGUACAGAGUCACAAAACAUCUAUGGUAUUCAUCAUAAGAUUAUGACUGGAAAGCUGUUUAGGCCUGCCCCAGUUACACAUCCCUACACGAAUAAAUGUUACUCAGGACUACACAAGGGAAACAUUAAUACAGAUCCUGGAUUCCGUCUUCAGUCAGGAUGA